AUGGAAAAGCCGGUCGUCACGCUCAAACUGGACGAAUUGUACACCCGCUGCUGUCAUCUGCGGGAAAUCCUUCCUAUUCCUGCCACUCUUAAACAGAUCCCCAAGGGGUCAACGGAUCCGCUGCCUAUUUUGCAACUGCGCAAUCCGCAUCCUUCGCUGAUUGAAGUGCUUUCUUUUGCUGAUUUUGUUCGUAUUGCGCCUAUUCACUGUGUCUCUCUGGACGGAGUCUCGAUGACACACGAAAUGUUCCGCACGCUGUUAGCGGCGCUAUUGAGCAAGCGUCACCUUGAGAAACUGUCUCUGAGAAACACUCCGAUCGACGCUGAAGGCUGGAAGAUGCUUUGUUGGUUCUUGUCGAUGAAUAAAGCUCUCACAAGACUAGACCUCACACAGUGUCCAUCCCUUGACCUCAACCUCCAAAAGCUUCGUAAACCAGCAGACACCAGAGACCGGAUGACAUGCAAUAUUCAGGAUCGUUCUGAUAUGGAUUGGUCUUUGCUGACCGCAACAUUGAUGGUACGUCGUGGAAUUAACGAGAUGGUUUUGAGUGGUUGCAAAAUCAAUGAUCUGGCCGUGUUCAGAGACUUUUUGAAGCUGGGACUCAAAAACACCAUGAAGAUCGGUCUUGCUUUCAACGAUCUCAGUUUGAGCCACAUCGAGAUUGUGGUAGACUGGAUGAAGGAGAGCUCGAACGUUGUUGGAGUGGACCUGGGCUACAAUGACCUGUCGACCAAGCUGCGUCCGUUCAUUGAGUACACAAAACAGGAGAACUUCCGGUCCUCUCUGGCUCUCCUUUCGCUCAACAGCUGCAAUCUCCGCGACAACGAGGACACUGUUGCUGUGUUUGACGCAUUUUCCAAGUUCUCGCACCUCAAGUAUCUGGAUCUUUCCAACAACAAAAAAUUGUUCGAGACGUUCAUGCACAAGUUCGUGGCGUACCUGCCUCUUUUCCAGGACCUGCAUCGUUUGAAUUUGGACGGCAACGAUUUCUCGCAGGUCGCGCUGAUUCAAUUGAGCGAGACGUUGCCGCUCAUGAAAAACCUCAAUUAUCUAUCCAUCAAGCAGAAUGUGUUGACAAAAGCAUGCUGCGAGUCACUCUGUCAAUCUCUCAAGUACUCGCGAUCGCUAUUCAAUAUUGAUUACGACCUGGAAGGCGUUCCUCCAGAGUUUCACCAGAAAGUGGGGCUGCUCACCAUGCGCAACAUGGAAAGAGCACUGUACGGAGACACGGACGGUAGCUCAGACCUAAACCCGCUCCUGAAAGUGACUCAGAACGGCAAGCCGUUCACUCAAAUGGCUAUGGACAUGCUGCGCAAGUCUGAUAGCCUGACCGAACAAGAGGUGAAGGAAUUUUUCGAGUACACGGACAAGUUGCGCAAUGAAAUGCAUGCUGCUAUCAAGGAGUUAGUCAAAUUGCAAUUGCAGCAGCGACUCACGAUAGAAGGCAAGGAGACCCUCAUCAGACUCAUCAUGGUGGACGAGUCUGUCAAGAAGUGUCUGGAAUUGCUUGCAAAAAUGCACUCU